AUGGGUGGGUGUGUUCCCUUUCUGGAUGAGGAGGCUCUUGCGCCGCUCUAUGUACCUUUCCUUGUUAUCCAUUUUGCGGGACUACGGGAGCUCUUACACACACUUAUGGACAAUUCUCGUACUAUAACUCCUACUACGAGUACAACUACAACUACAAGAGCCAGCAGCUCAGUUGACAUCCAGCCUUCGGGGCAGGUUGCAGUCCGAGUAGGCGAACCUCUGAAGAUCAUGUGUCGAGUGGGUUUACCUGUUCAGUACUGCCGAAUUGAAAUUCCCAGUAUGAAAAGUAUGUUUUUACAACCUAAUCAGAAUGCUAAUGACGGAAUCGAAUACUACGGCGAUGGGCUGCAAACUGGACAGUGCGGUGUUUACAUUCAGCGCGUAAAAGAAGAAUUUGAUGGGAAAUUUUUGUGCGCUAUCACCACUAACGGCAGCCGAACCGAAGUCGACAAUACUGUGAAGAUCGUCGUUGCCAAACCGCCAAAAGCGCUUCAAUUGAUGCUGAGCCCUGGAAGACUCUCUGGCCGGAACGUUUACAAAAAUGGAGAAAAACUUGAAAUAAGUUGCAGUUCAUUAGGCGGUCGUCCUGCUGCUAAUGUUUCGUUGUUCCUUGAUGAUCAACCGCUGGAAAGAGAAUUUGGAUCAAACGUUUAUGAUUCCAACGGCAAUGAAAAUACGCUUGCAGCUAAAAAUGUUUCUUACACUAUCAAAUCAAGUGACAACGAUGCACCACAACCACAACCUCCUGUUGAAUUAUUUGGAUUCGUAAUUGGACGCGAAGGAACAAUAAACUUGACUGUGAAAGCCCAUCCACGACCACGUUUCAUCUGGUACAUCAACGGUGACAAAAUAAAUGAAGGAAGCCCAGACAUGAGCAAUCGUUUGCAAUCAUCAAGCGCCGUCGAAGUGGCCAAGGGUGAAUGGAGACUUGAGCUCAAGAUCGACAGUGUACAGAAGUCCGAUACGGAAAAAGAAUAUAAAUUGGAAGCACGUAAUGAUGAGGGAGCUGAAGAAUACCGCAUUUUGCUUUCAACCUCUGCUGAACCUGAAGGAGUUGAUUUAGAUGCAGGAUACAUAAUUGGAAUCGUCGUAGGAAUCUUAGUAAUAAUUGUACUCUCAUUCUUGAUCAUCUUUGCACGAGCGACUGGACGCUGGUGUUUUGCUGCGAGACGACGUGGUGAUGAAGAAGCUGCGGGUAACGCUGGAGCCGGAAGUGAAGCGCACAUAACACCUGGUGACGACGAGGACGACGAGCACAACAAUCAGCAUAUUAUCGACGAAAAAAUACCUCAUGGUGGUCAGGAGAACCCCAUUCACGCGAGCACCGAAAGCGACACUGAGAGCGCUGGACGUUACUCAAGAACUGAAGUCGAUUCUGGAUCCGGGAGACCGAGGAGACCUAAAAUUAUGUUGACUCAACUUUUUAAACGCAAUAAGGACAAAGUUUCUGGUUCUGACACCGAUACGAUGAAGACUGUUAUUCCUGAAUCCAAUGGUGAAAAAGUGAAUCCAGAAGGCGGCCUGGUCUACGCAGAACUAGAUUUGACUCCGCGAGAGCCAAAUCCCACCCCACGACGUGUCAGCGAAGACAAAACAGAGUAUGCUGAAAUUCUAUACACCAAAACAGACGGGACCGAGGAGCCAGUUGUCAAAAACUAA